UAACAGUCCCGCGUCAUAGCGUGCCUAUGCCCAGUGACUCAAAAGUUUCAGUCCAGCGAUAUAGCGAGCCUAUACCCAGUGACUUAAAAACACUAGUCCAGCGGCAUAGCGAGCCUAUGUUCAGAGACUUAAAAUUGUUUUUUAUCGUCUUUACAGAAUACAAUGAUUAUGAUGGGUACUCUGGGUAGUCCCAGAACCGUACGAUUACCCUCACAAUCCAGGUAAUGAAGACGAAGUGCCCCUAAUACCGUGGUCUGAUUCGGAACACUCGAUUCCUGAUACAACGCCUAAAUCGGUGGUCAUGCAACCUACACCGAUAGCGGACCCAGCUCUUAAUGCUGGCGUACCCAGUAACGUCAAUGAAACGGUAUCGGCUGAUCCCGGUAUCACCACCGAGACCGAUACAUCACAAACAUUGCCGUCUGAUAUAUUAGAGGCCCUCGGGGACCCGAAGGGAAAGGAAGAAAUAUAUGGGCCAAAAAUACCUGAUGAAAUCUCUAAACGUUGGGGCCGGGUACUCGUUGAUGGCCUAGAGAAAGAUGCAAAGCAAAAACUGCCUGAAAAGCACCUGAUACCGGAUAACUUUCGUUUGGCCAAAGCUCCUAUUUUAAAUCCUGAGAUUAUAUCGGUGCUUAACGAAUCAGUCAGAUAUCGUGACAAAUUAUUAGAAAAAGAGCAAAACCAACUGGGCCUAGGCAUUUCUGAGCUCACAAAUCUAGCUUCAGCGGUAAUCAAAGAAAACUUAGAUAAAGUCGAAAUACUAAAGAAACUUUCUGAAGCUAGCCAGAUUUUCCUAGACCUUCAUCACGAUCAGACCACUAGGAGAAGAAAACUCAUAACCACAACUCUUGACAAAAAGUUUGUCAACAUUAUAUCGAACGUAAAAAGGGAUACCUACCUGUUUGGUGAAAACCUAGGGGAAAAAAUAAAAGCCACAAAAACAGCGGAAACAUCAGGGCUGCAAGUGAAGCGUAAAGAGGUCAACGCUAUCGCGUCUACGUCUAGGAAAUUACCCAACCAGGGAAACUGGAGGGGCCCACCCCGAACAUACUACCAAUACCAAUUUCAACAUUAUCAACGAGCACCCAGACAGGGUGGGCCGAGACCGCGCUACCCUCACCAGCAAUACCGGUACCGUCCGCCAGUUCCCGAUCGUCAAGCCCAAUCGACGCGCAAGCCGCCCAACAAGACCCCAAAAGCCUAAUAGAGGAAGAGACACCCUCUCUGGAGUCGCCUUUCCCUGGUGGCAUCACUAUUAUCCGGGAAGCAUUUAGAAGACAAAAUCUAAAUCUAGACACAAUUGAUAUUUUAAUAUCAUCUUUAUCAAAAAACUCUUUAAAUCAGUAUAAUAGUGGAUACAAAAAGUGGUGGACGUUUUGUUCAAAAAAUAACAUAAGUAUCUACUCCACCAAUAUUCCUGAUAUUCUUGCGUUUUUUACGGCUGAAUAUAACGCAGGUGCAAGUUACUCCACUUUAAAUACAGUUCGUUCUGCACUUUCCUUGAUAUUGGGCAAAAAGUUCAGUAAUGAUGAAAGGGUCGCUAGGUUCAUAAAAGGUGUUUUUAAAACAAAACCUGCGUUACCAAAAUAUCAGUCAACCUGGGACCCUAAUCUAGUUUUAGACCAAGUCUGUAAUUGGCAUCCUAAUGAGGACUUGCCUUUAGAGAGAAUUACAAAAAAGUUGGUAGCUCUUCUUGCAUUGUCUACAGGACAACGUAUGCAGACGCUAGCCCUUAUUAGCUUAUCCAAUAUCAAGGUAAAUGAAAAGAAUAUUGAAAUUGUAAUUAAUGACCUAAUUAAAACUUCAGCUCCGGGUAGAUCUAUGCCCCGGCUAAUUAUUCCAUUUUUUCCUCAUAAGGUCGAGUUAUGUCCCGCUAGCGGUGGUAGCCGAGUGGAUAUGACGUCCGACUUUCAAUCCGGAGGUCGCGGGUUCAAAUCCUGGCUCGUACCAAUGAGUUUUUCGGAACUUAUGUACGAAAUAUCAUUUGAUAUUUACCACUAGCUUUUCGGUGAAGGAAAACAUCGUGAGGAAACCUGCAUACAUCUGCGAAGAAAUUCAAAGGUGUAUGUGAAGUCCCCAAUCCGCAUUGGGCUAGCGUGGGGACUAUAGCCCAAGCCCUCUCGCGUAUGAGAGGAGGCCUGUGCCCAGCAGUGGGACGUAUAUAGGCUGAAAUGAUGAUGAAUGAUGAUGUCCCGCUAAAUGCCUAAUUGCAUAUAUGGAAAAGACCACUCAAUUUAGACAUUUAACCAAAACAGACAAGUUAACAACAAAAAGUCCAGUCCACAACGCGAGCCCUUCAACCAUUAGCCGUUGGAUAAAGUCUGUAUUGGCAGCAAGCGGAAUAGAUACUUCAGUUUUUUCAGCCUACAGUUGUCGUCAUGCGUCUACAUCAGCAGCCAGUCGAAAAGGGGUAUCUGUAGACCUUAUCAAAAAGUCAGCUGGCUGGUCAAAGAAUUCUCUGGUAUUCGCAAAAUUUUAUAAUAGGCCGGUAAUUGAAGAAGAUAGCAACAUUUUUGCAGAGGCUGUAUGUAAUGGGGACAAUGAUUAAAAUAGCAUUUAAAUACUGUAGUACAAGUCGUUGAUUAGUAAAUACCUAGUAUUAGUUUACUAUAAUAGGCACUGUAUGUAAUUUAACGAAUUAAGGCUAAAUUCGAAAAUACAAAUUUGAUUACACAUAUACAUUUAUUUUAUUCGGUCUUGCUACUUUCCCUUAAGUGCCAGUUUUUGCUCGGCGCUAAACAUCUACAGAGUGACAAUAAAUCUUGAGGAUGUAACGUCGUAGUAUAAUUUAAGGUUAAACAAACUUACCUGAAGUGAAGUUUGACCAUAAUUAUACGAGACGUUACAUCCGAAAAGAUUUAUCACCCGCCCUGCCCUGCAAUUUUUUUCUCCGAGGCUCAAAAAAUGAUACCCAAAACUGUCGCAAAAUGGCACUUAAGUAUCUCUAAAACAAUGACACGAACUCGGGCGCAAGAACCGGGUGACGGUGAGGCAGGAGUGGGGAAAGGUAGUCAUUUUAGUACUUUUUAUUCUAUUUUCUAGCUUUAAACUAAUGUGCAAUGCCUGAUACAUUGAGAGUGAACUACAGAGUGACAAUAAAUCUUUUCGGAUGUAACGUCUCGUAUAAUUAUGGUCAAACUUCACUUCAGGUAAGUUUGUUUAACCUUAAAUUAUAA